AUGACCUCUGAAUGGCGGGACCUUUGGGCGGCCUGGGAUCUAGUCACCCUUGGUAUGAUUCCCAAGCACAUGUUGCACCAAAAGCCUAUCGACUUGCGGCACAAGUGUUUGUUCUACAUCGGACACAUUCCUACAUUUUUGGACAUGCUUUUAUCGAAAGCAUUACAAGAGCCGAAUACGGAGCCUAAGAAUUUUACUGUUAUCUUUGAGCGCGGGAUCGAUCCUCAUGUCGAUGAUCCAGAUCAUUGCCACUCGCACUCCGAGGUGCCAGAGGCGGAUGAAGAUUGGCCCACCCUCACCACUAUUCUCUCGUUCCGUGACCGCGUUCGCGCUCGUCUUAUGAGAUUGUACGAUGACAUCAAGUCUGGGAAACGAACUAUCAAUCGUCAUAUUGCACGCAUGUUGGUCAUGACACUUGAGCAUGAAGGCUUCCAUGUUGAGACUCUGCUAUAUAUGCUCAUCCAGCGUGCAGGGACAGGAACCCUGCCUCCGCCAGGCUUCACUAUUCCGCCGUGGGCUGCAUUGUCAGAGCAGUGGAAUAAUUCCCUCGAGCCUCUUUCGGCACCUACCGUAACCCUCGGCCCAACUACUGUAGUGCUUGGGCAUGACGACUCUGAAGGAGAUGAUCUCAUGUCCGGCAUUUCUGAGAGCGUCGACGGGCAUGAAUUUGGUUGGGACAACGAGAGCCCUGCAAGGGCUAUUGAAGUCAAACAGUUCAAGAUCGACUGGCGCCCUGUAACAAACGGCGAGUUCCACGACUUUUGGAAAAUAAGUGGUCUAGUGAAGAUGCCCGCAAGCUGGGUGCAGGAGGACGAAAAUAUCAAGGUUCGAACUUUGUAUGGACCUGUACCCAUGGUCGUUGCUCAGCACUGGCCAGUGCUUACAUCGUACGAUGAUCUCUCGAUGUAUGCCCAGUCUAAGGGUGGUCGACUUCCUACCGAGCCUGAGCUGAGACUGUUCUUGGAUAAAUACGAGGUUGGGCACGACGGCGGUGCUAAUGUUGGUUUCAGAAAUUGGCAUCCUUUUCCUCCCACCACGGGUUGUGAGGAAUUUGGAGGACGUGGCUCGAACGGCGGUGUCUGGGAAUGGACUUCUACACUAUUCGAUGGACAUGAUGGGCUUGUACCAACUAAACAUUUCCCUGGAUAUUCUACCGAUUUCUUUGACACUAAGCACCAAAUUGUUCUGGGAGCAUCUUACGCAACUAUUCCCAGAAUUGCCGGUCGACGGACGGUUCGCAACUUCUACCAGCGCAACUAUCCUUAUCCCUGGGUUAGUGCGAGAGUUGCCUAUGAUCUGUGAUGUUCUUGAGCGCUUGAGCCUGUGAAACUCUGUUACCCAUAUCUGUGCCACCUGUCAUGAUCAUGCAUCUUCUAUUCAUCUUACCAAUUACCUUAUUACUACUACUGUCUGUACUAUUUGCUAUGUAUGUAUAGGACUUGAAUAUGAAUUUCCUUGAAACCACA